CCUAGCAUCAAUCUGAUCGGAAGGAUAAGAAUGACCAUCAGAAGCCAGAAGCUAAUUGAUAGUCGUCGAAAGCUAAUUCUUCCGCGUCGCUCGCUCUCCACUUCCACCGAAACACGCACAAAGAUGCUCCCGACCAGCAGAUAGCCACCGCUUUGGAGAGAUGUCCGGCCUGGUGCCGCUUGAGGAUUACGAGCAUGCCCUCGCUCACCUCCAGCUUGCUCCGAGCUAUCCGGCUACGAAGAUUGUCACCUCUCAGCAAACGAGGACGUCGGCUGCAACUACGACGCUCUCGACAACGACGACGACGACGACGACGACGACGACAACAGCGCCCACAAGAGCGGGAUCUCAGGCCAACACAAUCACAGGAGGGGAGACGAGGCUCGAUCUACCGACGGAGAUCAUCCUCGAGAUCGGCAAGUGUCUCUUUGAUGCGUACCACCUCCCGUCGCCUGCCUGGCUCGCGACCCUGGCGGACAAGGACUUGGUACCGCCGCCCAUGUCGCAGACGCCCGACCUGAGGCAGAGCUAUGUGGCCUUGCUCCAUCUCAGCUCGACUUGCAUCGCCUACCGAGCUUUGCUCGCGCCUCUGCUCUGGCGCUCCAUUUACCUGCGUCACCCACAGCAGUUUGGCGAGCUAUUGGCCUUGAUGCGAAAUUACCCUUCUGUCUCCGCCGCCAGAGCUCCGUCAUCGACGUCGUCGGGAGGCCACGAGCUGCCCUUUCCUUUGCCGCUUAUUCGAGAGCUUCAUAUCCUCGUACCUGAUCGAUUCCCGGGAUUCGACCAGACGCUUCUCGCGGAUCUUUUUCGGCGAGGGCUCAAGACUAAUCUCACCGAAUUGGAGUGGGAGGCUGAAGAAUUGCCCGAGACAUGCGCUCUUCGAGCUCUAGCUCCGACCGACGAUUCUUCGUCGUCGAAAGUCAAUGGAGAAGAUGCGCAUAGUAAUCCAAUGAAGAACAUGGGAGGGCUUGGCGCCGAGGUAGGAGCUGAAGACGUCGUUCGGUGGACUAGAGACGCCCGGAGGGGCGCUCCGUUUCCUGGCAUAUCUAUCGGCCAAACCCUCCGACCCCGUCCAGGCUCAGCAGACUGCACCAGCCUGACGUCUGUUUCCAUCGACUGCAAAUGCUUUUGGCCGGGACACAAGCUCCUCGCGCGUCUCUCUUCAGUCCGACAUGUCCGUCUGACGACGUACGACUCGUUCCUGCUCCCACCUGCCGUUCCCCACCUCCUCCUUUCCCUCAAACAGCCCCUCGCCUCGAUCUCGAUGGCCACCUCCAAGACCUCGCUCCUGCAUACACCCAACCUCAUUGAGGCCGGCUGCUUCGACAACCUCGUCACCCUCGACAUCUUUCCCGUCACACCGGAGCAGCCGCUCGCACGUGCCAUCCGUCGAUCAAGGCGGUCGCUCAAGGUGCUGCGACUCGUGCUCGACGUCUCGAGCAACUUUUCCAACUUUGACCAGCUCUGGCGGGACUUGACCGGCGAUGAUCCCGCCGAGGCAGAUGGCGGGCCGAUGGAGCGCCUGACCACGCUCCACAUGGAUCCAAUGCCGCAGCAGAAUACGGCGCCCUCCUUUGCUCACUUUGUUCAGCAUGGCGCUCCUGCGCUCAAGUACGUCAAUGGACGACACAAGAACGGUUUUGCUCCAGGCUACGAGCUUCUCACACCCGAUGAUAUCACAUCCGCUUUGUAUUUCUAGCCUACAGUGCCGUACUAUGUCAUUGAUCAGGAUC